AUGUGCUUUCUAGAAAAAGAAGAAAAGGCAUUACCAAAGCCCCGAGACUUAAAACUGAGUGAGAAGAUAACUGUGGAGAAAAACUGCGGGCCAGUGCUAUUUGCGGAACUAAAAAAAGAGUUUCGUAGAAAUAACAAUAUAAUGGCAAUCGAUGUUGAAGAUUUAUCAGACAGCGGGAUUGAGAAAGCAUGUGAUGAUGUGUCUUCAGCACGUACUGAUGGAGUUCCCAAUUCACCGAGAGUUCCACCCGAUGGUGCCGAUAAUGAUGACAUACAAAUUGAUCAAUUGCGUCCCCACAAUCAACAUCAAUUCUCUAUUAACAUAUAUCCUGAUGAUAAGUGCCAACAUAAGCAGCCUCAAAUUAGUGACAACAAAAGCAGUGUAAAUUUUAGAGAAUUACAUGUUGAAGAUCUCAACAAGAUUAGUAGAUUAAGCUCACAACAGUAUCAAGAGUCGUUAGGGGUACAAUCAAGCACUCAUUUCACAGCCCAACAUGAACAUCACACAGCAGUGCCAUUCUCAAACAACACUUAUGCUGCAUUCAAGAAAGGAAAUGUUGUACGCGGAAUUCUCUGUCCAUCAUUGACGAAUUCCUUUCGAGCGGCAUCUUUAGAACGAAGCUACUUAACAUAUUCACAUCGUCAACGACAAAAGUCUCUCAUUAUUGUAAAUGCCGUGGAUUUGGUACUGAAGUUUGUUCUCGCAGCUGUUUACAUUUUUCAACAAAAACAUAACGAAAUUCCAGUGAAUGCCAUCAUCUGGUCUGUUUGUUGUGUUCUUGCCAAUUUGGGAAUUUGCAUGUUGGGCUUGUGGAGAUGUUUUGCCAACAAUUAUCUUCAUUGGGCUGCUACCUGUACGUGGUUGCUGCUUAAUCUGCAAGGAUUUGUUGGAGAAGGGAUCGGAUUUGCAGUUCGCGAAUAUUUGGUUUGGUAUAUUUUGUUCACUCUCUUCGUGCCAUACGCGAUGCUUCCACUUCCACUUAAAUGGUGCAUGAUUGGAGGCACCAUAACCGCCGUCACUCACAUCAUCAUCACAACACUCGCCAAAUUUGAACAAACACGACGUGAAGAUGCUUACAUCGAUGCAUCAUGUGUCGUAAAGCAAAUGGUCGCGAAUACGAUGCUCUAUGUUGCCAUCAAUUUUGCCGGAAUGUACACAAAAUAUUUGACAGAUCGAGGCCAACGUUUAGCAUUCAUCGAGACGCACAAGGCAAUGGAACAUAAAAAGGAAUCCGAGAAAGAAUAUCAGAAGACGCAAAGACUUUUAGACUCGAUUUUGCCAACAUUUGUCAAUAACGACAUUCGAAAGGAAAUGUAUAAGAAUCCGCAUCAAGCGAAUUACGAGGGUGACACACAAUUCAAGAAACUUUACAUUUAUCACAUGGAUAACGUUAGCAUUCUCUUUGCUGAUAUAAAGGGAUUUACGCAGCUCGCAAGCACCACGUCUGCUCAACAGCUUGUGAAAAUUUUAAACGAUUUGUUUGCUAGAUUUGACAAAAUUGCUGAGGAUAAUCAUUGUCUUCGAAUAAAGUUGCUUGGUGACUGUUAUUAUUGCAUUUCAAUGUUUGACACUCAGAGUUGGAAGUCACGUCCUGAUCAUGCUGUAUGCAGUGUUGAAGCGGGCUUACAUAUGAUAAAAGCAAUCAAAGAUGUAAGAAGCACAACAAGUGUUAAAGAUCUUGACAUGAGAAUUGGCAUCCACAGUGGGAGUGUCAUGUGCGGUGUUCUCGGUGACAAGAAAUGGCAUUUUGACGUUUGGUCUAAUGAUGUCAUCAUUGCUAAUCAUAUGGAAAGUGGUGGAAUUCCAGGACACGAUUCUCGAAAAGGUAGCAAUUCAAUGAACUUCCGUGAUGGAGGUACCAGUAAAAUGCACAGAAUGACUCAACAUCAUCUUAACAAUACGUUCAGUGACCAAACCCAACACGAUCAUCAUAUCUCGGCUUCAUUCUCUAAUUACGCAUAUACAACGUUUAAGAAGGGAAAUGUCGUCCGGGGAAUUCUUUGCCCUUCUCUGACAAAUUCUUUCCGAGCGGCAUCUUUAGAACGAAGCUACUUAACAUAUUCACAUCGUCAACGACAAAAGUCUCUCAUUAUUGUAAAUGCCGUGGAUUUGGUACUGAAGUUUGUUCUCGCAGCUGUUUACAUUUUUCAACAAAAACAUAACGAAAUUCCAGUGAAUGCCAUCAUCUGGUCUGUUUGUUGUGUUCUUGCCAAUUUGGGAAUUUGCAUGUUGGGCUUGUGGAGAUGUUUUGCCAACAAUUAUCUUCAUUGGGCUGCUACCUGUACGUGGUUGCUGCUUAAUCUGCAAGGAUUUGUUGGAGAAGGGAUCGGAUUUGCAGUUCGCGAAUAUUUGGUUUGGUAUAUUUUGUUCACUCUCUUCGUGCCAUACGCGAUGCUUCCACUUCCACUUAAAUGGUGCAUGAUUGGAGGCACCAUAACCGCCGUCACUCACAUCAUCAUCACAACACUCGCCAAAUUUGAACAAACACGACGUGAAGAUGCUUACAUCGAUGCAUCAUGUGUCGUAAAGCAAAUGGUCGCGAAUACGAUGCUCUAUGUUGCCAUCAAUUUUGCCGGAAUGUACACAAAAUAUUUGACAGAUCGAGGCCAACGUUUAGCAUUCAUCGAGACGCACAAAGCAAUGGAACAUAAAAAGGAAUCCGAGAAAGAAUAUCAGAAGACGCAAAGACUUUUAGACUCGAUUCUUCCAAUGUUUGUCAAUAAUGACAUUCGAAAAGAAAUGUAUAAAACGCCCAACGAGGGUGACACACAAUUCAAGAAACUUUACAUUUAUCACAUGGAUAACGUUAGCAUUCUCUUUGCCGAUAUAAAGGGAUUUACGCAGCUCGCAAGCACCACGUCUGCUCAACAGCUUGUGAAAAUUUUAAACGAUUUGUUUGCUAGAUUUGAUAAAAUUGCUGAGGAUAAUCAUUGUCUUCGAAUAAAGUUGCUUGGUGACUGUUAUUAUUGCAUUUCAAUGUUUGACACUCAGAGUUGGAAGUCACGUCCUGAUCAUGCUGUAUGCAGUGUUGAAGCGGGCUUACAUAUGAUAAAAGCAAUCAAAGAUGUAAGAAGCACAACAAGUGUUAAAGAUCUUGACAUGAGAAUUGGCAUCCACAGUGGGAGUGUCAUGUGCGGUGUUCUCGGUGACAAGAAAUGGCAUUUUGACGUUUGGUCUAAUGAUGUCAUCAUUGCUAAUCAUAUGGAAAGUGGUGGAAUUCCAGGACGUGUUCACAUCUCCGAAGCAACAUUGAAAUGCUUAAACGGAGCUUAUGAUGUNAACAAAUUCAUAGCUUCUCAAAGCAUAAAACAUAUUUUGAAACGAUGUUAUUUCCUAGUAUUUAUUAUGAUGCUAAUCAAAUUCCCGUAUCCAAUUUCAACAGUUUUGCCAACAUUUGUCAAUAACGACAUUCGAAAGGAAAUGUAUAAGAAUCCGCAUCAAGCGAAUUACGAGGGUGACACGCAAUUCAAGAAACUUUACAUUUAUCACAUGGAUAACGUUAGCAUUCUCUUUGCUGAUAUAAAGGGAUUUACGCAGCUCGCAAGCACCACGUCUGCUCAACAGCUUGUGAAAAUUUUAAACGAUUUGUUUGCUAGAUUUGACAAAAUUGCUGAGGAUAAUCAUUGUCUUCGAAUAAAGUUGCUUGGUGACUGUUAUUAUUGCAUUUCAAUGUUUGAUCAGCAAAGUUGGAAGUCAAGGCCAGAUCACGCCAUUUGUAGUGUUGAAGCGGGCUUACAUAUGAUAAAAGCAAUCAAAGAUGUAAGAAGCACAACAAAUGUUGAAGAUCUUGACAUGAGAAUUGGCAUCCACAGUGGGAGUGUCAUGUGCGGUGUUCUCGGUGACAAGAAAUGGCAUUUUGACGUUUGGUCUAAUGAUGUCAUCAUUGCAAAUCAUAUGGAAAGUGGUGGAAUUCCAGGACGUGUUCACAUCUCCGAAGCAACAUUGAAAUGCUUAAACGGAGCUUAUGAUGUUGAGCCUGGCGAUGGCGAAUCUAGAGAUAAUCAUUUGAAGAUGAUGAACAUCAAAACUUACUUAAUAACACGAACAGAACCAUUGAGAACAAGAAAAAAUCGUUUGAUAUUGAAUGAUGAACAACCACAGAAAUUUGUCGAUCCCAAAUAUACACAAAGUAAUUGCGUAAAUAAUAAUCAGAACAAUCACAAUACUGUGAAUGGUAAUCAACUUUCUAAAAGAGUUUCAAAAGCUACAAUUCAUGAAGAUGAACCAACAACUGACUGGACGCCAGAAAUUCCUUUUAAAAAUCUAAAGGAAGCCAACAAUCUUACAGAAUCUCUCGAAAGAGAAGCUGAUGUUGCUUCAAAUUCGAUAUCAGCGACUGAAGAAAUUGAUGAAUUGAUCGAUCAGAAUAUUCAGAUAAAUUCCAAUAAGCAAAUGCGAGAUGAAUAUUUGAAUACAUGGACUUUAAGGUUCAAAGAACCACUACAAGAAGUCUGCUUUUGUCAAUUAAGGGAAGACAUGUUCCGCUCCAAUAUGCUCUGCAUUUUCAUCGUCUGGAUAUUCAUUGUGAUGACUCAAUUUGUGAUAAUUCCACGAUGCAAUUUCUUAACUGUUUCGUUGAUUGUUACAACUGUCAUUAUCUCAGCUGGUUGUGUUCUUGUGAUGGCAGAAGAAUAUCCUGGAUUACCAAAAUGUCUUCGUAAAAGUUCAGCAACAUUAGUGCAAGAUCGAAAUCGGAGAACAAUUUUCGUUUGUGGUGCAAUCAUUUUAAUGUCUGUCGCAAGUUCAAUGGGACUUUUGGUUUGUUACGACGACUUACAAUAUCCACAAAAUCCUCGCACAACGACGAUGAAAACAACCACAACAACAACAACCAUGAUGACCACAUUCGAUUCAACAUUAUAUAUUAGAACAAAUGAAUCAAUUGACGACCUUCAGCAAUUUGAAACUUCCACAUCGAUUAAUCUCUCUCAGUUUGAUGGGACUACAAAAGCUCAAAGAUCGACAAUUGAAAUUAAUGACAUAACUUCAAUGCCUGCUGCAUGCAUUCAACCCGAAUAUAUUGUUUUUUCAUGGAUACUCUGUCUGAUUGCUCUUGCAACCGCUCUAAAGCUUUAUUAUCUCGUAAAAUCCUUCAUGGCCCUGGGUCUCGUAGCAACAUUUUGUGUUUUUAUUUUGGUUGUUUUUCCGGAUGUAUUUACAACAUUUGAUUAUGAAUUUGAGAUGCUCGGAAUGUCGCUUUCGGCACAAAUGGUGAUUCUAUUGGGGGUGUUCCUAACCAUGGUAAUUCAUCAUGCGAGACUCGUUGAAGUCACUGCUAGAUUGGAUUUUAUAUGGAAGGAACAAGCCGAACGUGAACUUUCGAACAUGAAAUCAAACCGUCAUCUCAAUGACACAUUAAUUAGAAACAUCAUACCCGACCACGUUGCAUCUUACUAUCUUUCACAUGAAAUGUCUGACGACAUUUAUUCAAAGAGUCACGAUUUGUGUGGUGUCAUGUUUGCAAGCAUUCCAAACUUUCAAGAUUUUUAUUCCGAAGACAUGGAGAAUGGAAAAGCUUGUAUAAGAAUUUUAAAUGAAAUCAUUUGUGAUUUUGAUGCGCUACUUGACGAGCCGAGAUUUAUGACUGUUGAGAAAAUCAAAACUGUUGGACAAACUUAUAUGGCAGCUUCAGGACUCAAUCCAAAACAUCGAGCUGAGCACGGCGGCACAGAUGAAGACAGUGUUUGUGAUAUUGUAGAGUUUGCUAUAGCAAUGCGUCAAAAGCUUCAGGAAGUAAAUAAAGAUGCUUUUAAUACGUUUCAAUUACGUGUUGGAAUAUCAUCAGGACCAUUAGUUAGUGGCGUUAUAGUCAAUGUGGCCUCACGAAUGGACUCAACCGGCGAAAAUUGGAAGAUUCAAGUACCUGAACAAACAGCAAUGUUGCUACGGAAUAAAGGUUACACUUGUGUACCACGUGGUGAGAUUAACGUCAAAGGAAAGGGAAUCAUGUUUACGUAUUUUGUGUUGGGUAAAAAUGAAUCAGCCAGCAGAUUAACAUCCCCAACCAUCGGUCCUGCGGGGAUUCCUUCAACUACAACUCCAACUUCCAUGUCAUUACAACGACAAACCUCUAACCAUAGCUCUUUGGCUGCUGUGGUUUACGGCAUCAUGCAAGCUACAAAAAGGAACACUCCAUCAACUCCCACCGAGUUGCCAUCACCGAACUUCAAGCUAGGACGAAGGGGGAGCACAUUCUCAUCAAUGAGACUGUCACAGAAAGCAUCGUCUAAUCAUCAAGUGCGCAGAAAUACGACGAGGGUGAGAGGAAGAAGCUAUAAAGAGAAAAAGAGCUUUAAUACAAACAUUCUACCCUUGCCACAAGCAACAUUGAACAUCAGCAAUAACAAUAACAACAGCAUCAACAUUGAACAACAAACGAAAACAUUCGUCACAACAUCAUCAGCUACGAUCAUCUAUCAAUCGAAGGAAAAUGAAAUUUGAUUUGAUGUUUAAGCUCACACAUUAAAUAGACAUUCAUUUGUAAAUGUCCUGAUUGGAAGC